AUGGCGUCUCUGCUUCUCAAAGGCGUGCACAAGCGCCUGGGCCUGCCGUCCAUCUCCAUCUCCUGCUCCUCCGCCGAGGCCACCAACAUCAUCGCCUCAACCAACACCACCAACGGCGUCGGCAGCAGCAGCGGCCGGGCCCUCGACCGCCACUCGCCCCGCCUCCGCGACCCACACCGCUCCUCCACCUCCAAGCCGCCAAGGCCAAGCACCAGCGCCAGCGCCAAAGACUCGGCGUCCUCCGGCGACUCCAAGCAGCAGCGCGGCCACGGCAACAACAAGAAGAAGAAGAACAAGAGCACCACCGCUCCUGCUGGGACUAAAUCUUCAGAGAAGAGGCUGGUAAGCCCGGCGACGUCGUCCAGGUUCCUCCUCAACUCCUCCCGGCUGCAGUCCGACGACCUCGACGUCCUCGCACUUGCCCCGCAGCCGCCGCCGUCGUUCAUCGACGUGUUCCCCGGCGGCGAAGGGAAGCCGCCGUCCUUCAUCGACGCGUUCCCCCCCGGCAACGCCUCGCUCCCUCUUUCCUUCGCGAAGGAGGCACCGUCGCCGGUACAGCAAGCAGAGACCUCCUCGUCCUCCUCCUCUGCUUCGUCGUCGUCGGAGGUCACAGCCCUCCAAGAAGAAGAGGAGCAGCAGAAGGCGGCGGUGCUGGCGCGGUCGUCCACGACCACGGAGAGAAGAACGACGCAGGUGGUGGUUUUGAGGGUGUCGCUGCACUGCAAGGGGUGCGCGGGCAAGGUGAAGAAGCACCUCGCCAAGAUGGAGGGCGUGACGUCGUUCGACAUCGACAUCCCGAGCAAGAAGGUGACGGUGGUCGGCGACGUGACGCCGCUGGGCGUGCUCACCAGCGUCUCCAAGGUCAAACCCGCGCAGUUCUGGCCGUCGCCGCCGCAACCGCCCCGCGCCUCCGCGUCCUUCUGA